AACACCUAAUGAUGGAAAUCAAAUGAGCCUUCCAGCCAGUAAGAGAGUGAGGGAGAGAAAGAGACAGAGUGAGUGAGAAGGGGGAGAAAGUGAAUGGUUGAGUGAAUAAGUGAUAGUGAGACAUAGAGAAAAUGGGUUUUGGAUGAAUUAUUGAGUGAAUUAUUGAGUGAGUGAGCGAGUGAGCGAGUGAGCGAGUGAGUGAGUGAGUGAGUGAGUGAGUGAGUGAGUGAGUGAGAGAGAAAGAGAGAGAGAGAGAGAAAGAGAGAGACAGAGACAGAGAAAGAGAAAGAGAGUGGCAGCAGAAGGGCCAGUGUUUACAGGUGAGUUAGGGAAGUGUUCUCAUUGGUGGGUUGGGUGUACAGGUGAGUUAAUGAAGCCUCUCUGAUUGGUUUGCUUUGUGUGAAGAGGUGAGCUAAGGAAGCGCCUGGUAGUUGGUGAUCAUAAGAGCAGCAGCAGGGUCAACUCCACUCCACACUGACUGAGUACUGGGACAUCAUGCAGAGGAAGAGCAUCUCCACUGGGCUCCUCAUCACUGCUCUGUUUGCAGUAGUCUCUGCUCUUACCAAACAGUUCUACUAUGUGGAUAAACAGCUGACCUGGCAAGAAGCUCAGCAGUACUGCAGAGAGAAAUACAUUGACCUGGCCUUCAUCACCGACCAGGAGGAAGCAGAGCUGUUGUCCAACGUCUUAACUUCUGAAUUCAACUGGAUUGGUUUGACUUGGAUCGGUCUGUACAGAGAUACCAAUGACUCAACAGAGUGGAAGUGGUCUGGAGGGUGGAACUCAACAUUCAGGUUCUGGAGUAAAGACCUGCCAAACCAUCUUGUUGUCAACCAGGACUGUGUCGGUGUGAGAAAGGGUGAGAUGGCUGACAGCUUGUGCAAACAAAUAAACCCUUUCUGGUGCUUUGAUCUGAACGUGGUCCUGGUACAGGAGAACAAGACGUGGGAAGAGGCGCUGGAUCACUGCAGGAUGCAAUACACUGACCUCACCAGCCUGCUGUCUGAGAAUGAGCAGCUCGUCGUCCAGAGAAUUAUGAAUUCAAAGGGGGCCCAGACGGACCAUGUGUGGACCGGUCUACGCUUUUUCAGUGGUUUCUGGUUGUGGGUGAAUGGAGACCCCCUGGAGUACGAGGCCUGGACCGGGGGGAGGCUGCCCCACUGCCCCGCCCAACACCUCCGCUGUGGGACCCUGGCCAGAGAGGGAGAGCUUUGGGGAAUCAGGGACUGUGAGGAGAUGAGGAACUUCCUCUGUUACUAGUGAUUUGGUCAUUCACUAUCAUUGAUAAGUAAAAUGAUUAUGACGGAAUAGGAUAGCAAGCUUUUACCGUUAAUUAAAUAACAUAUUGUUUUAAAUAAAUUGUCAAGUUUAUUUAAAAUGUCAUCUUUAUUUCCAAUUUAAAUAAUAAAGUUGAAAGUGUUUAUUAGAAUCUCUUUUAACACAUCAUAACAAUCUUCCUAAAACUAAACAUACCAAGCAGGGUUGGGGCCAAUUCAAAUUGGACUCAAUUCAGGAAGUGAUUAGAUUUUUUUAUAUUUUUUUAUACUAAAAUUGAAAAACGUUUUAAAUUAAUAUAUUUCAUUUUUCAUUGAAUUGAAAAGUCAUUGAAAAUACAUAUUGAAUACGAAUUUCAGUUUUUUUUUAAUUAACAGACUUGAAUUUGAAUUUACCCGACCCUGAUACUAGCAUACAAACGCUGUCAGUGGUGGAUAUGAAAUGCUUGAGAGAAAAGGCAUGUUGAUUACUACUCCUUCAUGGAUUUAUUGGUGAGAAACAAGGAGUGGUGUGAAAUUCAUAUUUUAACAAACUACAUAUUUAGAGGUCUCAUUUUGCCUGUGUUGUGAUGUUAUCGUCUAUAUAAUCAAAUAUUUAACUCAUGUAUCUGCUGUUCAUAAUCUGUGUGUUUUUGUAGAGUUUCCACAAUAUUAUCUUGCUUUGGAAGCUACAGUAUGUAUGUAUGUAUGUAUGUAUGUAUGUAUGUAUGU